GGGGGUUGGCAUCCUGCGCGGAGCGAGGCGAGAGGAGACUUGAAGCACCUGAGCGCACAGUCUGAAAGCACCUGUACGCUUUCGUUUCGGCGGGUUUGAGCUCUUUUCUCACCUGUGCGCAGCAGGUAUCAUUUGGCCUUUUUUUUUAAAUUUUAUUUUAUUUAUUUAUUUAUUUUUAUUUUUAUUUUGGCGGAGACAGAGGUGUCUUCCACAGCCCACUGUGGACGGAGGCUCGCUCUUCGCUUUCUUCAUGGCAAGGGGACUCAACAAUGCGUGCCUAGCAUGGCUGUGGCUCCUGCACCGCUCACCCGGGGACCGGUAUGGCUUUUAGCCGCGUCAGUAAACCGGACCCGCCGUCCCGAGGCGUCUUCGGGAGAGCGGCGGUCAUGCUGUGCUCCCUCCUCACCUCUGUCGUCCUCCUGCACUGCCUCGCCGACCGCUGCGGCACCGCCUCGCCCUCGCCGGUCAGAGCCUCCUCCGGCCGGGCCGCGGGGCUUUUCGAGGACUUGAGGUCGCUGAGGACUAAGAGGCUGGUGUACGAAUGGACCGCCGGGUCUGAGCCGAUGGGCUACGGGGCCGCCCGGCGCCCCUCGCUGGUCCUCGCGGACGAGCGCCCGAGCCCGGCUUCGGGGCUGCCCGACGAGUCCCUCAUCUUGCCGCCUCCGGAUCUAGUUGCCUCCAGGAAGGCGCCGCCGAGGUUCGCAGGUAAACUCAGCCCGCUCGGGGAGGGGAGCAAGAAGCUGCCCCAGGCUCUCAUCAUCGGGGUGAAGAAGGGAGGCACCCGGGCUCUGCUGGAGUUCCUCCGGGUUCAUCCGGACAUCAGGGCAGUGGGAGCGGAGCCGCACUUCUUCGACCGCAACUAUGAGAACGGACUGGAGUGGUACAGGGAGCUGAUGCCCAAGACCCUCGAGGGCCAGAUCACCAUGGAGAAAACGCCCAGCUACUUUGUGACCAGAGAGGCUCCAGCCCGGAUCUCCGCCAUGUCCCGGGACACCAAGCUGAUUGUGGUAGUGAGGGACCCCGUCACCAGGGCUAUCUCAGACUACACGCAGACACUGUCUAAGAAGCCUGACAUUCCCUCUUUCGAGAGCCUCACCUUCAAAAACAGGACUACGGGGCUCAUCGACACCUCAUGGAGCGCCAUCCAGAUCGGCAUCUACGCCAAGCACCUGGACAACUGGCUGCAGUACUUCCCCAUGGACCAGAUCCUGUUUGUGAGUGGCGAGCGUCUGAUCAGCGACCCGGCCGGAGAGCUGGGCCGCGUGCAGGACUUCCUGGGGCUCAAGAGGAUCAUCACAGACAAACACUUUUACUUCAACCAGACCAAGGGUUUCCCGUGCCUCAAGAAGGCAGAGGGCAGCAGCAAGCCCCACUGCCUGGGCAAAACCAAAGGGAGGACCCAUCCAAACAUUGACCCUGAGGUGGUGCAGAGGCUACGGGACUUCUACAGGCCCUUCAACAUGAAGUUCUACCAGAUGACAGGGCGAUUUUUUGGCUGGGAUGACUGAAUGUGUUCUCUGUGACACUGAGGACUGUCAGAUAAUACUACAACAAACUAUUAGGGCCGCUCUAGGAGGAAAAAAGCAGAGAUUCUGAGAAUAAAGUCAUAAUACUUAAAGAAAGAAGUCAUAAUAUUACAAAAAAACAGAACAUUAUAAUUUUAGUUUAAAAAAUAUUUUGUGAAUAUCCUAGUACUCAGUUGUGCUGUCAAAACAUGCUGUAUUUAUGGACAGUCGGGCAAUGCUAAAACAUGCGCAUCUAAUCUAAUCUAGCCUAUUGAAUUUUUGGUUGUUGUAGUGUCAAAACAUAACCUUUUUUGCAUAACAAUUAUAACUUUAUUCUCAUAAUAUUAUGAGCUUUUCUCAUAGAUUUAUGAUUUCAGUUUUUUAAUAUUUUGUAAC